AUGGCCUACCUGAAACCAUUGACACAGGAGAACUAUCACACAGAAAUGCUAACUAUGCUAUUUUCGGGAAAACAAGCCAAAACCUUGCCCAUAGAUCCUUGGUACCGCAUCCUAGCACCCACCACUGGUGCAUCAGGAGUGGGAAGGGAUAUAAUCCUACACUUCCAGUUGAACCACAUUCGAAUGGCCUUUAUGGCAGCAGUUCAUAACAUGUCACCUCUCCAGUUUGAAAAUCAUACCCUAACCUUUUAUCACGACUUAUCUAAAGCAACCAUGGACUGGCAAUGUUCUUUGAGACCUCUCACACUGGCACUAGCCAGGUGCCGUAUAAAUGGGGUGCGCCUCACUGCUUACUCAUACCUCGGGACUCUGGCACAUUGA